AUGAAGAGGAAACGUGGCAUUGCAAGUUUUUUCUCACCAAAGAGGAUAGAAAGUGAGGCUGAGCAACAGGGAAGUAACAAGAUAAAUGACCAGGGACAUGAGGAGCUGGAAGGAGAUGAAGAACAGCAACAGGAAAGUGUCAGUGAUGAGAUAGAAGGCAAAGAUGAACAGGGACAGGAGGAGGAAGGAGAACACAACAGAGAAGAAGAGACGGAAGAGGGAGAGCAUCACAUAGACAAGGUGCAAGAGGGAGAGAGCGAGAGACAACAAGACGGCAUGCAGAGCUCAGACAGUGAGGGGGAAAGGAAUAUUCCUAAGCCCUUGCAACCAACGGCCAGUCGAGUUGGUCCACAUGACAUAUCCAAGUCCAGGUGUGAGGAGCCAGCUCAGCCGACACGGGAGAGUUUCCCCAAGACCCUUCAGGGAGGAGCCAGAAGAAGCUUCAGAACGGACUGGUUAUUUUCUGCAAAUUGUGAAUAUUGGCAGGUGAUCACUGACAUCAGUGAUGAGGGCCCCACUAUGAUGUUCCGUUUCAAGGAUUGA